UUUUAAGCCCGUAACGACGAACUUCUUAUUCCCUCACUGGGAAAGGGCCAAGGGUUAGCUCCGACAGCUCUGCCCGGCGGUCUUGGUCCCGCUCUCGCUCUCUGGUUGGUCUGCACAGUCGCCGCCAGCGGCCAGAGGAAGAAACGCUCGGUUCGCACCACGAAGCCUAAGCGCCGGGAGCGCAGGAGGGUCCCCGCCGGCGGGCCGGGUGCAGGCGCGUCCGGCCCGGAGCUGAGCGGAGCGGCGCCGUGCGUCACGUGAGGCCGCCCCUCCCAGGGCCGGGAGCGCCGAGGGCCGAGGUGCCGGCCGCCGCGGUGGGGCAGGAUUUCCGCGGUUGUGUGACGCGGCGAGCAGAGCUCCGCAGCCCGCCGCGCCCGCCCGAGUCUCGGCAUGGCGGGGAGCGGCGCGCUCUCGGCGCACACGCUGCUGUUCGACCUGCCGCCCACGCUGCUGGGCGAGCUGUGCGCGGUCCUGGACAGCUGCGACGGCGCGCAGGGCUGGCGCGGCCUAGCAGAGAGACUUUCAAACAGCUGGCUGGAUGUUCGUCACAUUGAAAAAUAUGUAGACCAAGGUAAAAGUGGAACACGAGAAUUACUAUGGUCCUGGGCACAGAAAAACAAGACCAUCGGUGACCUUUUACAGAUUCUCGAAGACAUGGGGCAUUAUCGAGCUAUUCAUUUAAUUACAGAGCAUGGAACAGGCACCCAUCCUUUAAAGCAGAGUCGUCAGGAAUAUGGAUUUCCAAAUAUAUUAGACAAGGAAACAGCCAAUGCUACCGUGGAUAAUAUUCUUACUCCUAAGCAUAAUGGAAAAGGAAUGUUGCCUGAAUCUUCCAUCAGCUUUCAAAACAUCAUAGAAGGGACCAGAAAUUUUCACAGAAACUUCCUAAUUGGUGAAGGCGAGAUUUUUGAGGUAUACAAGGCGGAGAUUCGAGACCAGACAUAUGCCAUUAAAUUAUUUAAACAGGAGAAAAAAUUGCAGUAUAAAAAACAUUUGAAGAAAUUUUUAUCUGAGAUUGAAGUCUUCCUACUGUUCCACCACCCAAACAUACUAGAGUUGGCUGCGUAUUUUGCAGAGACUGAGAAGUUCUGCCUGGUUUAUCCAUAUAUGAGAAACGGAACACUUUUUGACAGAUUACAGUGUGUCGGUAACACAGCCCCACUCUCUUGGCACAUUCGAAUCAGUAUAUUAAUUGGAGUAUCCAAAGCAGUCUGGUAUUUGCACAGUACUCAACCAUGUUCAGUCAUCUGUGGCAGUAUAUCCAGUGCAAAUAUACUUUUGGAUGAUCAGUUUCAACCCAAACUAACUGAUUUUGCCAUGGCACACUUCCGACACCACCUAGAAAAACAGACUUCUACUAUAAAUAUGACCAGCAGCAGCAGCAAACAUCUGUGGUACAUGCCAGAAGAGUAUAUCAGACAGGGAAAACUUUCUACAAAGACAGACAUCUACAGCUUUGGAAUCGUAAUAAUGGAAGUUCUGACAGGUUGUAAAGUGGUGUUAGAUGAUCCCAAACAUGUUCAGCUGCGGGAUCUCCUUAUGGAAUUGAUGAAGAAGAGAGGCCUCGAUUCGUGUAUGUCAUUUGUAGAUAAGAAAGUACAUCCCUGUCCUCGGAACUUCUCUGCUAAGCUCUUCUCUUUAGCGAGCCAAUGUGCUGCAACUCGGGCAAAGUUAAGACCAUCAAUGGAUGAAGUCCUAAACGUUCUCGAAAGCACUCAAGCCAGCUUAUAUUUUGCAGAAGACCCCCCUACAUCACUCAAGUCCUUUAGGUGUCUUUCUCCUGUAUUUUUGGAUAAUAUUCCAAGUAUUCCAGUGGAAGAUGAUGAAAGCCAGAAUAAUCAUUCACCACCUCAUGACAAAAGUUUGAGGAAAGAUAGAACUCCAAACAUUCCUUUUGAAUGUAGCCAAUCUGAGGUUACGUUUCUGGGCUUGGACAGAAAGACAAGGAGUAAGAGAAAUGAGGAUGCUUGUGACAUGCCCCAUUUUCCUUGCAAGGAAAGUUGGUCCUCAAAACAUACAGCUUCAUCUCAGGACUUACAGCCCACUGAGGUAAGUUUGGACUCUUCCUUUGAAGCCUCAAGCCAGUUUUGUGGCUUACAGAAGCAGACCAGCGAAGACUAGGUGCUCCUCUGAAAUUUUCUGGAGUAAACAUGAACAGUGCCAAAAGGAAUUAAAGGAAGAAAAGAGAAAAGCGGUUGUUGCUGAGACACUGUGCAAAGGAUGGGAGAAAACAUGGUCUCCAUAAGUAAUGCUCAUACAUGACCUGCGGCAUAUUUGGGUAAUGCAUAUAAACACUAAGGCCAUUCCUUCCCAUCCCAAAACAGAGUGACUUAAACAAAUGUUUUACCAGAGUAAUUGCCUCAUGAUCAAACAAUUUAGAGCCAUUCACAAUUACUCAAGACUGUAUGUUCAGCCAAACAAAACCAUCAGAGCCUACCAAAGAGGGACUGGAUUCUCAUGUCCAGCAUCACCCACCAAAUCCUUUGAACCUUCUCUGCUAUGGAUAUUCAGUUGGAUGCUGUUGAUUGCUUUAGUUUGCUUGUGAAGGAAAUGUGUAAUUUUUAAAUGUUAAUGGAUAUCUUUUGAAAGAAUUGCCUUUUUACUGUGAUUGGGCCUUAGUAAAUAUCAUCAAACUUACCUAUCUUAAAAUAGCUAAGUUUGCUGAUGGCUUCGUAGGGCAUGCCCUAUGCAGAGAUGGCUGCCCACAAUCAGUAUUUCUGUAUUUAAACUCUUAGAAUAAUUUAUUACAUGCAAUCUAGUUUUUGACUAUUCCUGCUGAUUUUUACUAAUUCAGAGAAUUAUUAUCUCCUGAGUAAAAGGUAUGCCAUUUUAAUUAAGUAAUUGUUGUUGAAAAAAUAACUGGUCACAAGAGUCUAGGUCAGCUUUUUGUUAUAAUCUGUGCCUUUCGACUGUAUGCCUUUAUUCCAUCUGUGUUCUGGAAUCUCUUCUUUUGAAAUCCUAAUCAAUUGUUAGGCUUUAUAAAACUCUCAUCUGCUAGGAAGCCUCUUUAGUCUCUUCAGCUGGAAAUGUUCAGUUUAUCAGCAUUUCCAUAGCAGUAUUUUUGUAUUUCUGUUUUAUGGUUGUCAGUUUCUGAAUUAUACCAAAGUUGCUCAUGUCACCCUGUCUCUCUUCCUAGACUGUAAAUUUCUUAUACUAUACUAUUUCUUAUACUAUACUAUACUAUACUAUACUAUACUAUACUAUACUAUACUAUACUAUUUCUGUUGCUAUUAGAGCAGAUUAUCAUAAAUUUAGUGGCAUAAAAUAUCUCACUCAGUUCUUGCGGUCCAAAGUCCAUGGCACUCCUUUUUUGCCUUGCAUUUUCUAGCAUAUGGUGAGCCAUCUUCAUAUCUCACCUCAUAGCCUCUUCCCAUUAAAAGAUGUAGAAAGUUUGGUAAAAGCACAGCUUUUAGGGACCUAUCAUUGACUAUUUAUUCAGUCUGAGGUUAAAGAUUGACUUUCUGGGUGGUUCCCAGGUGGCCCUGAGGCUGCUGAGGCAAGCCCACUCGUUGAGAACCACUGCCUUAACAUUUUCUCAAAUUCUUAUGUAUUGGAAGACUAACAUAUUUUAUGAGGAAAAGAUCAUUUAUUUUAUUUGUUUUUUAUUGUUUUGUUGUUAUUGUUUUUGGCUUUUUUUUUUUUGUAUUUACUCUCAUCUAGGAUAUUGGUUAGCAUGGAGUAGAAACUCUAGGAAUAUUGACUAAUGAUCUUAUUAAGUUUGUCUAUUUUGCACAUCCAAAGAUUUAAGUCAGAUUAAUUUGCAGUGCUCUGAUUGAUGCUGAUUGAUCUGGUUGAUAAGCAGAUGCUACUGUUGCUGAAAAGUACCUAAUGUUCCAUUGAAUGAUUCAGUCCUCCUUACUAGAUUUGGCUUCUGGUGGGUGCAUGUUAAUUGGUAGGAAUUAAAUCUUGCACCCUGCAAUAGGAAAUCAGAGAGUACCUUCAUGGCUUCCUGAUGUGGAAAUUAAGAUAUGAAGAAACGGAGAGUGAGCUGUGCCUCUGAUCUGCAAACAUGAAUUUGAAUAAAGAAUUUCACUUAUCACAGAGAACAGUAGCACACACUUUCACUCCCGGCGACUCAGGAGACUGAGGCAGGACGGUAUUAAAUUUGAGAUGAUCUUGGGCAACCUAGCCAGACUGUAUCUCAGAAUAAAAAACACCAAGUUCUGCAGGUGAGUCUCAGCUGUAGACUCCUGCCUGACAUGCUUGAGGGCCUGGAUUCAAACUCCAGCACCACGAAAAAUAAAAUAAUCUCAUCUUCAUCCUUAGCAUAACACAAUCUAUUUUCUGUGCUUCUUAGAGCAUCAUCCAUUCAUAAUUCCCUAAAAACAUGGAGAAAAUAAUUUUGUUUUGAAAAUAGGUAUGAAUUUUUUUUUAUUGGUACUGGAGAUCAAACUCAUGACCUUGCACUUGCUAGGCAGGUGCUUAUGCCACUGAGCUAAAUCCCUGGCUCUAAGUAUGGAUUUUUGACAUAAUCAGUUUGAUUGACUUUUUGAGUAUUGUAACAGUCUGUGACUCACUGCAUAAUAGUGUGUUUUAUGGCAUGGGACACCAGCCUGUGUAGGGUAGGACACCUGUUAAGACCCAUGGCCUGUGAGGCUAGGACGUUAUCACCGUGGUGUUUAUUAACCAUCUUUUAGAAUAAGGCACUGUGUUAGCAAAUUGGGGUCUAAAUAAGAAGCACUUUAAUAAGCAGGAGGGCAUCUACUUAAAUUACCUACUUAGUGACAUCUGUUAUUUGAGGCAUACAUCAGUGGAACUGAAAGUAAAUGCUGAAAAGUGGAAGAUAAGUAGAGUACUGUUCUCUUUUGAGAGUGGAGAAGCUUCUUGGAGCUGCUUCCUGAAAAGAGAAAAAUGACUAAGAGAAUAUUAGGAAAAAUCAAUGAAAAGUGCUAGAUAGUGGUUAUCCCACGAACAGAGAUGUGACCUUACCAUCAAAAACCAAAUAAAAUUAGUGAUCUUUUUCUCAUAAACUAUAUGGUAGAAGGAUGGGUGAGUGAUGGGAAAUGGAUGUGGGACUUUGGGCGUUUUUUUCGUGCUUAGUCCCGAUAGCUGCCCUGAAGAUGAGAAUCCCACCUCAUAGGUGAAGAAACUGAUUCAGGAAAGUUAAAGAACUUGGCUAACAUCCUCCCAGAUUUGAAAAAGGUCACCAGAUUUGUCAGACUAGAUCUCUCCAGUAUUCCAUACUGCGCAAAGGAGUCACUGGGAGUUCAAGCCUAUGCCAGGAUAAGGAUAUGAAAAGUGAUUUGUCAGUUUUAUACCUUUGUAGGAGGCUUACAAGGCUUUUCAUCACUUCUGCAUUUUUCAGUAUCUUGCCCUGUGCCUCUGCAGUCAUUUGAUGUGACUUAAAUUCAUCCAUUAACUCAUUGUAUGAAUAUCAGCGGCCUCUUUUGUGUCAGGCACUGUUGUAGGAGCUGGGGAUAUGGUGAAAGUUAAACCUAUCAGAGAUCCCAUCCUUCUGGAGCUUAUUCUUGAGCAAAAAGAUUUCAGCAUGUUCUCCAGCCGUAGGUCUCACCUUCUCUGUGAGCUUUUCCUAAGAGAUUCAGACAAGUUUCUUCCUUGUCUGCUGUAAAACUCAUAAUCCCAGAGUGCCCCUGGCUCGCUGUUAGUGUCUUCUGACAGCAUAUGACAUGUUUUAUGGCAAUCAUGACAAGCCCUAUUUUUCUAUUAAAAAUUUCCUUCAACACAUUUAUUUGGCUACUAAUGGCAUCUUUGGCAUGCUGUUUUCAAAGGGUCUGAAGUCCUACCUAAAUCUCAUUGCACUGUUUACAUAAUGCUGGGAUUACUGGUAGAAUUCUUUUUCCUCCUUUACAAAACUGGAAGUUCAUUGGGACAACGGCUAAGUCCUGCUCAUUUUCUAUCCUUAUUGGACAGCAUCCUACCUGGCAUGUAAUGUGGUCCAGUAAAUAUUUGUAAAAUGAGUGAAUCAAGACAGUUUUUCAAAACUUCUUCAAACCCAUUGGUUAUACUAGAGGUGGAGAAUGUGUGGCACUAGUGCUGCUGCUGACUGUUUGGUAUUAUUGAAAGCUUUCAAAGGUUUACAAUCACUGGUGUGUUCUAUGUCAAGACCAUAUUCCAGAUUGCGCCCAGUUUGUCUUUCUGGUAUCCAUAAUACAAUCAGUCAUUUGCUUACAUAGUUCCAUUUCAUCAUUCUUGGAUGAAAGUUAUUCAUUUCAUAUAUUAAUGUCUGAAAUAUCUUUGAAAAAAUGAAUUACCUUGUAUAUGUUGCAUACCAAUUUGUCCUAUAGUAGAAAACAUUCUCAAGCCACGUUAAAGCAAUAUGAUAAACCAAUAUUUUGGCAGGGAAUGAACUGAUGUUUGCUGUGUUUUGUUUUGUCUUUUUGUCACACAGUAUUUAUAUUUGAUUAUCCUUGGUCUUGACUUGCAAAUAUUUUUUUGAGAAACAUUUGUAUUCUAAAGCACUAUAUUUUCUACCAAAUUGAUGAACCUUUUUAUGGAUAUUAUCUGCCUUGUCAUAAACUUUUGCAGUCAAUUCUAUCAAUAACAAGAGAGUAUUUAGAGUUUUUGUUUGUUUUCUUCUUCUUCUUCUUCUUCUUAUUAUUAUUAUUUUUAUUAAUGUACCUGGGAUUGAACUCAUGACCUUGUGCUUACCAGGCAAGUGUUUGAGCCUCUGACCUAAAUCUCCAGUCCAGGUUUCUUAGUUUUAAAAUAUUCUCAGAAACCAAUAUUAAUUGGAACAAAAGGUAAUAGGGUAAAAAGCUUAUUUGUAGAAGAUAUACUCAGUUAUCAUUUUUAUGUGUCAUAGUGUGUGGAGUGUAUUCCAUAUCAUUUAAGCUUUAAACAACCUAUUGAGUUCGAUUCUGUUACUGUGGAGCCAAGGAAAAUGAUCCUAAAAGAAAUUCACUCUUGUCCUGAGUUACAUUAGUGUUGGCUUGGGAAUGCAACCUGAAAACUUUCCAAAUUCAAGAAGUUUCUGCCCUGAAGAAAGUUAACAGAAAUUGAAAGUACCUCCGGUUUAAUAAUGAAAACAGCUAUUAAGUAUAUGUGUGAUUAUUUUCUUAUUUUUAAUUUCAGCCUCCCAAAUUGACAAAGAAUAAAGCAGUUGACAAGAAUAUUAGUGAAACAACAUUCUUCUUCUCUUUUCUUUGAAACAACAUUCUUCUUCACUGAUGAUUGACAUGAAAAUUGGUAUAACCUUUCUAGAAAACUAUUUGGCAAUAUAUAGCAAAACUUUUACCUAGCAGUUUAUUUAUGAGUUAAUCUCAACAAAAAUAAACAUAAGCCCAACUGUAUAAACAUAAGCCCAAAGAUGUACUUCAUAAAUUUAAACAUUGAAAGUAACCUAAAUAUCCACAGUAGAAGAUGGUUUCAAUAAAUUACCACACAUAUAUGCAAUUAAAUUGUAUGCCAUUGCCAUUAAAAAUUUUUAGGUCUAUAUUUAUUGCUAUGAAAUCUGUUUAUGAAUAUUGAGUGAAAAAGCCUACCGAGUGGAAUGUUUAAUGCAAGCCCACUUAAUAUUGGAUAUUCUGUGAUAAUACAUGCUUAUGUUUCAUGGAGAGCCCUUUGCCAAGUGUUGAUGCUUUUUCUUUUCUGAGAUGAAGUAUUUAUUUUCACCCUUAUGUAUUUGAAAAUUUUAUAAUAUGUAUCACUUUUAUUAUCUGGAAGGAAUAAAGCUAUUUUUAUUUUGGAAAAA